AUGGAUGUCUCCCCGUCCGUCCCAGUGGCGCAGCCCCGCCGCUUGGCUGAGCUUCCGCUUGCCAAGGACAUGAGCCACCACAUCAACCGCCUCACCAAGAACCGUCAGGCAAACAGCCUGAAGGAAAUGUACAAGUAUGCGUCGUUGCCGGGUAUGGUGUCGAUGGCCGGUGGCAUCCCGUCACCUGCUUACUUCCCCUUUGAGACCUUAUCGGCCACUAUCCUUCCAUACGACCACCUCCCCCUCGACCCCCCUCGAGUCCCAGGCAAGGAGAAGAAGUCGCUUCUGUCGUGGCUCUUUGGUGGGGCCAACAUUUCGUUUACGAUCCCCAAGUAUGCCGAAGACCCAAAGGAUCCCAUGGCCAUCUCCCUUGCCACCUCGCUUCAGUAUCAAGCCGCUACCGGGCCUCCUGCAUUCCCAAAGUUCCUUCGUCGAUACGUCGAGGAAAUCUACAAGCCCGCGUAUGCCGACUGGGAUGUCAUUCUCGACGUAGGCGCGACCGACGGCUUUGCCAAGGUCUUCAACAUGCUCUUGGAACUCGGUGACAGUCUUCUCGUGGAAGAGUGGACGUACCCUGGCGCAAUGAACGCCUACAUGCCCUACGAGGUCAAUACCGUUGCUCUCAAGAUGGACGCUGAAGGCGUGAUUCCCGAGUAUAUGGAGAACGUGCUGGCCAACUGGGACGACUCAAAGGGGAGGCGUCCUCGUGUCUUUUACACCGUCCCCACGGGUCAGAACCCUACGGGCGCGACCAUGCUUGGAGACCGUAAGAAGGCCAUUUACGCUAUUGCGUCCAAGCACGACGUCGUUAUCGUUGAAGAUGAGCCCUAUUACACCCUGUUCUUGGGCAAGUAUCAGCAGCAGGGCACAAAUGCGACACCCCUGCAGCAGCGUCAGAUCGAGUUGGAGAAGCAGGAAGGCAAGGAAGGCAAUGCGGCGUUCAUCGAGUCCUUGCCUCCUACCUACCUUACUGUGGACACUGAAGGCCGUGUCAUUCGCCUCGACACAUUCUCCAAGACCUCGUGCCCUGGAUCGCGCCUGGGCUGGAUCACAUCUUCGCCAAUCUUUGUCGAGCGCCUGACACGCAUCGCAGAGGCCAGCACCCAGGCUCCUAGUGGCUUUGCAACUGCAAUGACCAUUACCAUGCUCAACACUUGGGGCUGGGAUGGGUACAUGCGCUGGCUACGUGGUAUCAAGGCGGCAUACAAGAUGCGCCGUGACUGGAUGUGCGAUGCGCUGGCCGACCAGUUCCACCUCGAGUUUGAUGACGGUGCUCUGAACCCACUGGUUCGCGACACGGCUGGUCUCGGUCGCGGUUUCACUGCCUAUGCCAAGCACCCUACUGGCAGCGCCGAGGCAAAAUGGGAUGAGAAGCGCGGCGUCGUGUCCAGCCGCGGCACCCCUCUCUGCUCGUUCAUCCCGCCGACGGCAGGCAUGUUCAUCUUCCUGGCCGUCCAUCUCGACCAGCACCCCGACUACCACCUUUUGGGCAACGACGCCGACGAUGUACUCAUGGGCAAGCUCUGGCGUGAGCUCGCGGAACACCUUGUCCUUUUUGCACCAGGCAUCGGCUUCGACUCGAAGGGUCCGCACAACAUUGGAGGGAAGGGUGUGGGCUACUUCCGCAUCUCGUACUCUAUCAUCACGUACGAGGAGUCUCGCUCGGCGACGGCGACGUUUGCAAAGGUCCUGACCAAGUUUUUGCGCGCAUAA